AUUAACGAUACAAAUCAAAACAAAACUGAACUGAACUUGGUUUAGUUGGACUCGACUAGUAGAGACCAGAGACUAGAGAGGCCGGCCUUGGGCUAUAGCAUCUGCGGCUACAACUACAGCUACAGCUACAGCUACACCCACACAUGACCCAACCAACAGAAGACGGGGAAAGAAAACAAACUUCCCCCUCCCUCUCUCCUGAGUCCUGACUGAGAGACGGAGCAGUCACUUUCAAAGCUCCCACCAAAACUAUUUGCCUUUACUUCCCUACUUUAUAUGUGAAAAAAGGGCGGGGAAUAGAGGAAACCCACUAGUUACUCGUAAUAAUUGGGUUCCAUGGGGUAAAAUUUGGAUGUUGAAGGGUUUCAUAUGUGGUUUUUUUUCUCUCUUUUCCUUUUACCCCUUUACAAAUUUCAGAGCUGAUUAGAUAAUAAUAAUGAAAUGGUGUAGCCAAAAACCCCCCUGGGUGAAAUUUUGCUCCCUCAAUUGAACAGUGAGGAAAGAGAGGCAGAGAGAAAAUGAGAUAGAGUGGAAGAGCACUAACAACUAAUCAGCAGUAGCCAGUAAGGCCAUGAAAAGAAGAGUCCCCACUAAACCCCUUUGAUUCCAGCUGUGAGUCUUCUUCUUCUUCUUCUUCUUCUUCUGAUUAUUUCUUCCACCCUCUUACUCAAAGUUGCAAACUUGAUGCUCCUCUUUCGGGUACCACAGAGCUAUGAAUUAGAGAUCUAUAGAUAAAAACAAAGCCAAUCCAAUUCUUACCUCAUUCAAUGAUUCCCUUUUGCCUGCAGGUUUGUUUUAACUUUUUCUUCUCUCUUCCUUUCAGUUCAACAACUACUGGGGUUAUGAAUGAUUCCCUCCAUUCUUUUGCUUCUUGGGCCAUCAUUGAUUUCUUUCCCCCCCCCCAAACCCCUCUCUUUUCCCGUUUCACCUGCUCCCCGUUUCAGAAAGUGACGUGCUUGUUUUGAUGGCAGCUGAAUUGAACAAGAGAGAAAUGGAGGAGGUCCGGAGGAGAAGGACCACUACAUUUGGCUUUCUUGACUCAAGUCUUACAACCCAGUACGGCUGAUUUCUUUUUGAUUCUUCCAACUUCCUUUCUUUUUCAGUUUCUUCUGAAAGCAGGCAUCUUGAGGAAUCUUUUUCUAUGACAUGAUGGGCUUCUUUGUAGUAAACUCCAGACGUGGGUGGAUUGAAAAUGCCUGUAGAUUGCAAGCUGUCUAUCUUUAGGACCUCUUUACCUGCCAAUUGGAAGAUGGGGAAGCAGAAUGAGUCGUCUUUUCAUGGGUUGCAUUCUGAGUGGAAGAGCUGGAGAAAGCUUCUCGUUCUGCUGUGUAUAUUGGGUGGUUUGGCUGUUGGGAGCAUUAGGUUUCCGCUGAACUUCGAUGGGAAAGACAGGGUUUCAGAUUCUUGUGAAGGAGAAUUAGUUCGUCACUUCAAUGUUUCCAAGAGCCAGCUCCAUGCACUAGCUUCCCUGUACUCUGACUCGGAGAAGAUAGCUUCACUUGAAUGUACCAAGGAACUGGGACCUGGACCUUCAACAACCGAUCGAAUUUCUUGUGCGAUGAAGUUGAUGUGCUCGAAGAAGCAGGAGUUGAUGGAUGAGGAUGAGACUGCUCUUCAGAACUCAAUUUCAGAUGCAUCUUCGGCAUUGGUUUCAAUGCUUGUAGAUAACACUUUGCAAACAAGCGCCACUGUUGUAUAUGCUUAUGCUUCUGGUAUGAUGGAAAGAUGUUGGUGGAUGCAAGCUAGCAAAGAAUUCCCCUCUGUUGUAUAUGGUUAUGUUUUUGGUACAAUGAAAAGAUGUUGGUGGAUCCUAGCUGGCGUGGGCUGCCUGUGCCUUAGUGUCAAUCUGAUACCUCUCACCACUUGGUGGAAGAAGCAGUUUCUUACGGUGUUUUUUUGUGGUGGUAUUGCAUUGUCAUUUUAUACCUUCUGGAGUGGGUCUCGGGAGUUUCACUCAAGGAGAGAAGAGACCCUCGCUAGCAUGUGUGACGAGAGAGCACGAAUGCUGCAGGACCAGUUCAAUGUGAGCAUGAACCAUGUUCAUGCCUUGGCCAUUCUUGUAUCUACCUUCCACCAUGGCAAAAAUCCUUCAGCUAUUGAUCAGAAAACAUUUGGUGAGUACGCUGAGAGAACAUCUUUUGAGAGGCCACUCACUAGUGGGGUUGCAUAUGCUUUAAAAGUUGUUCAUUCGGAGAGGGAGCAGUUUGAGAAACAGCACGGUUGGAGGAUAAAGAAAAUGGAAUCGGAUGACCAGGCGCUGGUUCAGGAUUGCAUCCCAGAGAAGCUUGAUCCUGCACCCGUUCAAGACGAAUAUGCACCUGUCAUAUUUUCUCAAGAAUCUGUGGCACAUAUUGUCUCCAUUGAUAUGAUGUCAGGAAAGGAAGACCGUGAGAACAUAUUGCGAGCAAGAGCAUCUGGGAAGGGAGUGCUUACAUCUCCUUUUAAGCUCUUGAAAUCAAAUAACUUGGGAGUUGUACUGACAUUUGCUGUAUAUAAUGUUCCUCUUUCUCCACAUGCCACGUCGGAGCAACGAAUUGAAGCUACUGUGGGGUACCUUGGGGCUUCUUAUGAUGUACCAUCUCUGGUGGAGAAGCUCCUGCACCAACUUGCGAGCAGGCAGACAAUUGUUGUAAAUGUUUAUGACACGACUAAUGCGUCUGCUCCCAUUCUUAUGUAUGGCACUGAUGUUGCUGAAGACAUGAGUCUAUUCCGAGCAAGCAACCUUGACUUUGGGGACCCAAUGAGGAAGCAUGAAAUGCACUGCAGGUUCAAGCAAAAACCUCCCGAGCCUACGUCAGCAAUUGAUUCGUCGACCGUAAUCCUUGCUAUUGUUCUACUUGUUUCAUAUAUAUGUAAUGCAGCCAUAAAUAAGAUUGAAAAGGUUGAGGAGGAAUUUCGUGAGAUGACACAACUCAAAGUUCGUGCAGAAGCUGCUGAUGUGGCAAAAUCUCAGUUCCUUGCAACCGUUUCACAUGAAAUCAGGACUCCGAUGAAUGGUGUUUUAGGCAUGUUGCAAAUGCUGAUGGAUACCGAGCUUAAUGACAAGCAAAUUGACUAUGCUGAGACUGCCCAUCGUAGUGGGACAGAACUGAUCUCUUUGAUCAAUGAGGUCCUUGAUCAUGCUAAGAUAGAAUCAGGGAGGCUAGAGUUGGAAGCUGUUCCUUUUGAACUGAGACCUGUUCUUGACAAUGUUUUCUCUCUUUUCUCUGGAAAAUCCAGUGAAAAGGGAAUUGAGUUGGCCAUUUAUGUCUCUGAUCAAGUGCCUCAAGUGGUCAUAGGCGAUCCUGGAAGGUUCAGGCAGAUCAUUACUAAUCUUGUUGGCAAUUCAGUCAAGUUUACACAUGACAAGGGGCACAUCUUUGUGUCAGUCCAUCUUGCUGAUGAAGUAACGAUAAGCCCAGUUGAGGUUCAAGAUCCAGUUCUGAAACUCAGUUUCGGCUUAGCUCAAGACACCUCAAGCAAGCCAUACAACACACUAAGUGGCUCUCUUGUGGUCAACAGAUGGAAAAGUUGGGAACAUUUCAAAAUAUUGGAUAGAGUGGAUAUCGGAGACUCAUCAACGAUUAGAUUGCUAGUUACAGUUGAGGAUACAGGUGUUGGUAUUCCAGUAGAUGCACAAAGCCGCAUUUUCACUCCUUUCAUGCAAGCUGACAGCUCGACAUCACGAAUGUAUGGUGGGACUGGAAUAGGAUUGAGUAUUAGCAAGCGUUUGGUUGAUCUCAUGGGAGGCGAGAUUGGUUUUGUUAGUGAAUGUGAUGUUGGAAGCACUUUUUCCUUCACUGUUUGUCUCAGAAAAGGGGAGUUGAGUUCCCUUGAUGCUAAGGGGCAACAUUGUGAUGCAACUCCUGUGGAGUUUAGAGGCUCAAAAGCUUUGGUGAUCGAUCAAAAAUGCAUACGAGCUGAGGUCACUCGAUAUCAUCUUGAGAGGCUGGGAAUAUCAGUGCACAUUGCUUCAACUUUGAAAGCUGCAUGCUGUUUUCUGUCUGGUGGUGUUACAUCAGGUGCAAGUGCUCCAGUCGGUCUAUCCAUGAUCCUGAUCGACAAAGAUGUUUGGGAUGAAGAAAAGGAUGUUUCGGUGCAUCGCUUUUUGAGGGACCCAAGUGGAAAUGGAAUUGUAGAGUUUGAAGCAGACCUUCCCAAAAUCAUUCUCUUGGCUACUGCAAUAGCUCCUGAUGAACGCCAUGAGCUAAAAUUAGCUGGCUUGAUAGAUGAUGUGCUUAUGAAGCCUCUUAGGCUAGGCGGUUUAAUGGUUUGCUUGCAAGAAGCCCUAGGAAGUGGUAAGAAGAGUCGAGUCAGAAGAAAGAAACCGACGAAUCUUCAGAAUCUGCUGAGGGGGAAGCAUAUCUUGGUGGUGGAUGACAAUGUUGUAAACAGGAGGGUAGCACAGGGUGCUCUAGAGAGGUAUGGAGCUAUAGUCACCUGUGUUUGCAGUGGGAGAGCUGCGGUAGAGUUGCUUGAACCACCACACAAAUUUGAUGCUUGCUUCAUGGACCGCCAUAUGCCCGAAAUGGACGGAUUUGAAGCUACAAGGCAUAUUCGAGCUAGGGAGACUCAGAUCAAUGAGCAACUCGCAUCUGGUGAAGUGUCAAUCGAGAAGUAUGGAAAUAAGCCAUGUUGGCAUACACCAAUAAUGGCGAUAACGGCUGAUGUGAUUCAGGCAACAAGUGAGGAGUGUAGGAAGUGCGGGAUGGAUGAUUUUGUUGCAAAGCCAUUUAAAGAGGAACAAUUGUACAAUGCAGUGGCCCGUUUCUUCGAGUCUAGUGGCCAGAGUGGUUGACUGCAGUGCCUGUGGUGUCUAUCCGUAUCAACUAACUCGGCUAAUCCAUUUCGUUGGAAUGGCAACCCAAAGUCAUUUUGAUCAAUUAAUGGAUGAGAGGUCCCCAACGCCAUAGGCUAUUGAUCAGAGGUAAGGCUACUUAUAGAAUUGUCAUCCCAAAAUCGAAUCAAUCUCUCCCAGUGCUUCUGCAGUGUGUUGUUCAGCCAUACCGCUAAACCAGUAAUAUUGUGCGUCUUCACAGCUUCUGCCUUAGCCUGCAAUCACAACGCUUGAUCGGUUUGUCUUCUGCAAAGUUCAAUCCGAAGUCCAGUGGAUGAACCAUCUGUGUAGUUGUAGCCUAGAACAUGGGCUGUUUGACAUCCUAACUUGUGUCUCAUCCUGCCUUGCCUUUCUGAGAAGUACAUAAUGAAACAGGAAAACCAGUUUCAUCGGAGCUCCAUAUUGAGAAAAGAAGUACGGAAGUGUUAACUUUAGAAUUGAUAUAUCAUAGUGCUCUUGCGGUCAGUGUAGUUUGUACGUAUGCUAUAAGCACAUCCAUCUUGUAUAUUGCAACUCUUCUGUGUAUGUGAAUUGUACCUAAAUCCUCAUCUCUACAUAGUAUACAAGUUUGGUUAGAUUUCAGUUUAAUAGAGAACUGCCUUUCCCGGCUUUACAGAUCAAUGUGGGAUGUUUUGUAAUAUUCAUUGUGUGAAUGAAGGGAACUUUUGGAC